ACAAAAUUUGAUUUGCUUGUCAUUGGCGACCCCUACCCAAUAUCUGUUGUACUACAGGAGUGGUUCACAGACUGCGCUAGAUGGCAGUGUUGUUUGGUAGGUUACGCUACUAACCCGGAAGUUACUGUAGACAAUCAUGAUGGUUCCCCCUGACAGUAAUGACGGUGUUUCUUCAUGUGGAUGUAAAGGCAUUCGGAGGUGUUUGGUCUGUGAAAAACCUACCGAAGGGCCAAUUAUAGAAGCUAAAGAAUCUAAGGUUGUGCAUCAUUUCCUCUACGAUCCUAAAGCUGGGCUUGCAGUCUGUAAAAAUGCAGAAGUUGCAUCCUUUUCAUUUCCUGGAGGCUUCCUGUGGGACAACUUUAUAUCGGAGAAGAUUCUGAUAAACAGCAUGGACCAGGAUACGUGGGCUAUAUCUCAGUCUGGUCGAAGGAAGCAGGACUUUGGUCCAAAAGUAAACUUCAAGAAAAGAAAAGUACGCAUUGGCAGCUUUAAAGGACUCCCUGCAGUAAGCCAGAAACUUGUGCAGAGGAUGCAGCAGGAGCCACUGCUGGCAAACUUUAAACCAGUGGAGCAGUGUAAUCUGGACUAUCACCCUAAGCGGGGCUCAGCUAUUGACCCACACCUAGAUGACUCCUGGCUAUGGGGGGAGCGCCUGGUCACUAUCAACAUGUUAUCAGAUACGACACUCACCAUGUCUCUGGAGGAGGGUCUGCCUGAGAUGGGACUUGAAGAGGAAGUCCGAGUAGCUGUGCAGCUUCCUCGCAGAUCUUUGGUGGUGGUGUGUGGAGAAGCACGGCACAGGUGGAAACACGCCAUCCACCGGGAAGAUGUUCAGGAACGUAGAGUUUGCAGCACAUACAGAGAGCUGUCUGAGGAGUUUUUACCUGGAGGCCAGCAGAAAGAGCUGGGAGCUCAGCUCUUGAAUAUUGCCUUGAGUUUUCAAGGAGCUUUAAUACAAUGAACUGUUAAAAAACAUGACAACCAAGGUGGCCCUAGUUGGAUGUUUUUCAGAAAGUUAUUUUUUAGUUGGCCAUAAAUGAUGUAUAUGCCACGAUGAUUGUGCCAAUGUCUGUGAUCCUGUCGAGACAGAAAGGGACAGAUAAAGUUUAAUCAAGAUAAGAAAUGUUGAACAAGUACAGAAUUUACUAAAUGAAAUGUCUGUGGUCUGGUUUCUCUAAAACAAAAAUAUAUUUAUACCAAAUACCACAUUUGUACAUUGUGCAUUCAAGUUUUUAUAUUGUUCUUAUGGUCCUUUAUAAAUGUACUGUUAUAAAUUUAAUGUUAUAAACGUACUACUGUUAUGAUUAAAAGGAAUGAGUUUUCUCUGCAGCGUGGCAGGGCACUUGUCAACCCAGGAGGAGCUCAGAGUAGAGCCGCUGCUCCUCAAUUGAGAGGAGUC